AUGUACAUGAAUCGUGCUCCAUGUGGUCCUCGCCUGCCAACUCCAGCUUCUCUUGGCUUGGUGAUUUCUGUCGGUAAAAUAAUAAAUGGACAUCGAAUUGUGGAAAAAGUCGAACGCGGUCGUUUCGGGAUCCAGGCCGUGUCAGAGAAACUGCACACUGGCGAACAAUAUUCAUUUUGUGCUUUUCCGGUUGGAAACGAGUUGGCAAACUCUGCUUUCGAAAAGAAUAUUUUUUGUUCUCAGCUGCUCAUUGGAAACAAGAACACGACUAUGAUGACCGAUCACAUUGUGGCUGGAAAUCUUAGUGUUAUCAUCAGCAAGGAUGAAAUGUUCUCAAUGCAAUCAUACUUCGACGAAUACAAUGUUCGAAAGUUGAGUUACCUGAACACCUGGCGGAUCGGUUGUACUAUGUUGAAAGAACUGGAGUAGAUCCACACAUUUGGAAUAGUACACACCAACAUCUCUCCUGCUUCACUUUUCUUCGAUUCCUCUCUCGACAGUGUGAAAAUUGGUGCCUUCGACACCGCGCUCGUAUCCGACUUCAAUCUGCAGAAUCCGUUCAAUCCACACUUGCAUGCUGAAGCUUACGCAUCAAUCAAAGUGGCACAGGGAUCAGUCCAACAAAAUGGGACGAUUACAAGAGUUUUAUUUACACUCUUAUCACCAUGAGUGGACUUGAUUGCUUUGAAGGGCCACAGAAUGUUGUGUUGAGCAACAAAAUGAAGCUCAGAAGAAGUGAUAUGAAAAUUGAUGUGAAUUAUGGAUAUAUUCGUGAAGCGUGGUCACAAAUUGAGAAAUGUGCUACCCCCGCUGGAAUAUUCGAUCAACUCGUCAAAGAGUAUCCCCAUGUUGAUUGGUUCUCGAGUUUCGAUAUGAAAGAUUGCGGGGAGAACGUGUUGCUCGAGUAA